AUGGAACGGUUUUUUAAGAGAAAGUCAUCAUCAGGUUCAGGUAGUUCAGAUAAUGUUGUUAGUUCAAAUAAUGUUGGUACUUCAAGAACUCCAAGUUCAAGACAAAGUCAGUUAGAUGGUGGUUUGGGUAAUCUUCAAUCGGACCCUGGAUUAAGAACUCGAAUGAUAGAUUAUGAUGCUAAUAUGAAAGAUGAGUUUGAUGAGUUUGAUUGGUUGGAGUAUAACAUAUCUAAAGAUGCGGCAUUCUGUCUCUAUUGCUAUCUCUUUAAAACCAAUUUUGAACAAGUGGGUAGUGAAGCUUUCACUGGAGAUGAAUUUAAGAAUUGGAAGAAAGGGAGAGAAAGAUUUAAUAUGCAUGUUGGACCGGUUGGGAGUGUUCAUAACAAAGCUAGAGAAGCUGCUACAAAUUUGAUGAAUCAAAACACACAUAUUGAAACUGCAGUGAGCAAACACUCUGACCAAGCUCGUAAGGCUUAUCGCACUUGCUUGAAUGCAUCAAUCAAGUGCACUAAGUUUUUAUUGCGACAAGGUCUUGCUUUUCGUGGCCAUGAUGAAAGUGCUAUUUCAAGCAAUAGGGGAAAUUACUUGGAGUUAUUGCAAUUCCUUACAUAUAAUAAUGAUAAAGUUAGAGAAGUUGUGAUGGAAAAUACUCCGGGGAAUCUCAAAUUACUAGCUCCUUGCAUUCAAAAAGAAAUUGUGAAUUCAUGUGCCCUUGAAACACUUGAUGCUAUCAUGGAUGGUCUAAAAGAUAGAUUCUUUUCAAUAUUGGGGGAUGAAGCACGUGAUGUGUCGGUGAAAGAGCAAAUGACUAUGGUAUUGCGUUAUGUGGAUGACAAAGGGCAUGUAAUUGAAAGAUUUGUGGGUAUCCAACAUGUUACGGACACUACUUCAAGUUCACUAAAGGAUGCUAUUGACACAUUCUUUUCUCGCAACGGUUUGAGCCUUUCCAAGCUACGAGGACAAGGUUAUGAUGGUGCUAGCAAUAUGAGAGGUGAGUUGAAUGACCUUAAAACAAAAAUAUUGAGAGAGCAACCUUGUGCAUAUUAUGUUCAUUGUUUUGCUCAUCAGCUUCAACUAGCUCUUGUUGCCGUGGCAAAGAAGAAUAUAGACAUUGCCUCUUUUUUUACAACGGCUAAUAGUGUGAUUAAUCAUGUUGGAGCAUCUUGUAAGCGGCGUGAUUUACUUAGAGAGCAACUCCAAGAAGAGCUUGUGAUAGCUUUUGAAAAUGAUUGCCUUAUAACGGGGAGAGACUUAAAUCAAGAAACAAGUCUCAAAUGUGCCGGUGACACACGAUGGAACUCACACUAUGACACCUUGAUUAGCAUCAUUUCUAUGUUUUCAUCCGUGGUUCAUGUGCUUCAAAUGGUUAUUGAUGAUAAUCCCAAUGAAAGUGCGGGUGAAGCAAACAAGUUAAUGAGAGAAAUACGUACUUUUGAGUUUGUGUUUCAUCUUUUCUUGAUGAAAGUCAUAUUGGGACUCACAAAUGAUUUGUCACAAGCAUUGCAAAGGAAGGAUCAAGAAAUUGUGAAUGCAAUGGCUUUAGUGAAAUCAUGCAAGGAAAAGCUACAUUGUAUGAGGAAUAAUGGGUUCGAUGCAUUGGUUGAUGAAGUAUCUUCUUUUUGUUACAAACAUCAUAUUGAUGUUCCUAACAUGGAAGAUGCAUUUAUACUUCCAGGAAGGUCAAGGCGUAAUGCUCCAAUAAAGACAAAUCAUCAUCAUUAUCGUGUGGAGCUCUUUAUUUAUGUCAUUGAUGAGCAAAUUACGGAGUUGGAGGAUCGCUUUAAUGAGUCCCUAAAGGAACUGCUCCAGAAAAUAAUACUCAUCGUGAGCCGUCAUGAUGAUCUCGAUGACCCAGAAGCUCCAGCUGCCCAACCACAACCAUCUGCAACAACAAUAGCAGCAGCUAGGAACUUGGAUUGGGCGAAGAUUGUUGUGGUGUAUUGCUUGUCAACAGGAGUUUCCAUGGCUCUCAUACACACCCAAGUUCACCCCCGCAAGCUCCCUCUAAGCUUUUUCUUUCUCGGAGUGGCAGUCCUACUCGCCUUUGCGUGCAUCAUGUCCCUAAAGGAACUGCUCCAGAAAAUAAUACUCAUCGUGAGCCAUCAUGAUGAUCUCGAUGACCUAGAAGCUCCAGCUGCCCAACCACAACCAUCUGCAACAACAACAGCAGCAGCUAGGAACUUGGAUUGGGCAAAGAUUAUUGUGGUGUAUUGCUUGUCAACAGGUGUUACCAUGGCUCUCAUACGCACCCAAGUUGACCCCAGCAAGCUCUGA